GCCUCUCUGUACCCAGCCCUCUUCUCCGCUCGUGCCUCCCUGCAGGUUGCCGGCCUGGCUCAGCCCCGUCCUCCGCAGCCGCUGGGCCCCAGCCGUCGUGCCCACGUCUGGCGGGGCGCCCGUGGUGGGUCGGCGGUGAGUGUUUUUCAAACCUGGCGAGAUGAACUUCCAUGGGAGCCCAGUACCGUCCGGAGUGGAGGUUGGGAGUGGCUGCAGGAGAAAAGCGCUCUGGGCCGCGGGGGUCACCACCCAAGGCGGCUCCUGAAGAGAAACCGACUUCCUGGGCUGGGAGGGGAGAAGAUCUGCGCGGGGCGGGGCCAGGUACGGAGUAAGGAAGCAGGUGAUUUCUUAGGCACAGAAAUCUUUGAAGGGCCUUGUACCCUCCUGAAGGAUGGCAGAAGCAGUGUUGGUUGAUUUCUUUGGUUUGAAAUUUAACUCUCAGAAAAACAGUCAUCAGGCAUUACUGAAGACAUUGAAUGCUAUCAGAUACCACCAUGCUGCCAAGGCCAAGUUUCUUUGUAUAAUAUGUUGCAGUAACAUCAGCUGUGAAAGGGAUGGUGCGCAUAAUCACUGUGAAUUAGAAGCAAGCAAUGGAUUAUCAACUCUCUUGAGAGGAUUUGAGACUGUUAGCAAUCCUAGUAUGGCUUCCUCUUUGUAUACUAUUAAGCAAAAAAUUGAUGAAAAAAAUUUGACCAGCAUUAAAGUAAUUGUACCCAUGCACCGGAAGACAUUACUGAAGGCUUUUAUUGAUCAGCUCUUCACCGAUGUUUACAGUUUUGAGUUUGAAGACUUACAGGUGACUUCAAGGGGAGAUCCUUUGAAACAAUCCACUGAAAUAAACGUGAUCACAGCUGAAGAAGUAGAAGCAAUCCAGAAUGAAAUUCAAACAUAUUUGAGAAGCCUGCCAGCACUGAGAGGAGAGCUAACCAUUAUCACAUCUCCUUUAAUCUCAGCAGAUAUUUUCUUACACGGAUUUACUACAAGAACAGGUGGAAUAUCCUACAUCCCAACUCUUAGCUCAUUCAAUCUCUUCAGUAGUUCCAAAAGGAGAGAUCCCAAGGUUGUUGUUCAAGAAAAUCUGCGUAGGUUGGGGAAUGCUGUAGGAUUUAAUGUGGAUAAAUUUUACCGAAUAAAGACUGAUCAUGCCAAUGACGUCUGGAUUAUGGGAAGGAAGGAACCUGAAUCUUAUGAUGGAAUCACCACAGAUCAGAGGGGAGUCACAAUAGCAGCUCUUGGUGCUGACUGUAUACCAAUUGUUUUUGCUGAUCCUGUCAGAAAAGCAUGUGGUGUUGCUCACUCUGGUUGGAGGGGUACUUUGCUAGGUGUUGCUAUGGCUACAGUGAAUGCUAUGAUCACAGAAUAUGGGUGUAAUUUGGAAGACAUUAUUGUUGUACUGGGACCUUCAGUAGGACCUUGCUGUUUUACUCUGCCAAGGGAAUCAGCAAAGGAAUUUCAUAAUCUUGAUCCUGAAUGUGUACGGUUAUUUGAUUCAGCAAAUCCCUAUGUUGACAUUCGUAAAGCCACUAGGAUUCUUCUAGAACGGGGAGGAAUUCUACCACAGAAUAUUCAAGACCUGAACCAAGAUCUUGACCUCUGUACGUCCUGCCAUCCUGACAAGUUUUUCUCCCAUGUCCGAGAUGGCCUUAAUUUUGGUACACAGAUUGGCUUCAUAUCAAUUAAAGAAUGAGAUACUUGACUGGAUAUUUCCUGCUUCCUUCUAAACUGACUACAAGAGAGAAAUUUAGCUGUUUGAUUUACUUAAAACUGAGAGAUUACAAUGGAUAAUUCAUCUUUAGGUAUAUUUUCAGUAUUAAUCCAAAGCCAAAUGAGUUUCAUUUGAUUCUAGCAAAAUCUAGAUGAAGAUUAUUGUUUAGGUUUGUUCUGUUUGUUAUAUAAAUCAGUAAUAGGGCUGUUCAGUUCAGUAUUUACUGGGUAUCCCUAUUUGUCAGGCAUUAUGUGAAGAAUAUCUGAAUCAAAGUGAGUUAGAUCUUUUCACCUUUAGUCUAAGGCAGUGAAGGAAAUAAACACUUAUAAUACUUAAAUUUAAUUUUGAUAGCAGCAGAAGAGUACAGAAGAAGGAAGGUUAUGGAAAGUGCCAUAGAGAAGAUGAUGUAUCACAUGGGCCCAAAAGAUGUACAGGCUUUUGACAAAUGAAGAACAGCCAUAAUAGGUAGAGGGAAUACCAUGAACUAGGGCUAUGAAAUUGAAAGUGUAAACCAUGUUCUAGAGAGAGAAGGGUGUAGGCAGAAGUUACUAGAAAAACAGGUUGGAAAGAGAUUAGUCUCAAAUGCCAUGUCAAAGAGUGUAGGGUUGAUUUUCCAGGUAAAGAAUAAACACAAAAAACAGGGUAGCAUUUUUAUUUCCUUAGCAUCAUUUGUAACAGGGUAACAAUUGUAACAGGGUAGUGUUUUUAUUUCCUUCGCAUUCCUUCGCAUCAUUUGUAACAGGAUGGAUUUAAAUUGUGAGAGACCAAAGCAGAAAGACUUAUUUAAGAGGCAAAAUAUUUUUAAAAAGAAACAAUGAAGGCAGUGGAAAUUAAGAUGGAUCAGACAUAGAGCCAGUAGAUCCUCUUAAUAGAUAACGAGAAUGACAGCUAAGAAGGAGUGCAGAAAUCAUUGAUGACUCUAAGCUUUCUGCUUGGUUGUCUAUCAAGAACAGCAACAAAGGGAAGGAAGAUGUUUGGGAAAAGGGAGAACAGUGAGUUUGACAUGCGGACUGAAGUAUAUCCAGUGGAUAUAUUUGGUCAAUGACUAGAAAUACAGACUUCACAUCUUGCUGGGAGCUGGUAGAAAGAUACAGAUUUAGAAGCUGGCUGUGCAGAGAUGAGGCCCAAGUUUGCCGGAGUAGGCUGAAUCAUUUAGGCAGAACUACAUGGUGAGAAAAAAGGAGGUUCAAGGGUGAAACCUCAUACAACACAUACAUUUGAAGAACAAGAAGCUGAACAAGUUUAAAAAAAAAAAAAGAUGAAUCAUCAGAAAUAAGGGGAAAAAAGCAGAGUAUACUUAUUUUGAAUAAAGAAGCCAGUAUGAAUGUGAGAGGUACUUGGAAUUUCCAGAGAUACAAGGUACAAGAAAUCUUCAGAGAUAGAAUAAAAUGUGGAAUGAGAAGGAAACCAGUGCAUUAACCAUAUCAAAGCUGUUCUACAAGCAAUGGUGGCAGAGUCCGAUUUCAGUGCAUUGAGAAGGAAUAUGCAUAGAUGUCCACUCUUCUUUGAUAGUAUUUAGCAGAGAAAAUAAAGCACUGGGAGCUGUGUCUCGAAGGAAGGGGUAUUUUUUUUCUUUUUCGACCAGUACUUGUAAGUAUAUUUGUAGGCUGAAGAGAGAAGUCAAGCUGUUUUCACUUGGGAGAAAAUGGUGUGACAUGUAAUAUAUGACAUGUAUUUUUAAUAUGAGUAGUUAUAUUGCAUCUUAACAAUUUUUCUUAUUUUAUACACUUGUUCCUAACUGUACAUGCAGUAGCAUAAUGGAAAAUUACAUUUGUUAGGUAUUUACAACGGACUUUUACAUAAAUUACCUCAUUUUACCUUUGUAGCUACUCUGAAAUACAUAGGUCAGUUGUUACUCUCUUUAUUCAGAUGAGAAAACUGAGUCUCAUUGAGGUGGAGCUUAAAAUCAUAUAAUUUGUGGUAAAAUAAGAUUUGACCCAUAUCUUGUGACUUAAAAUCUCAUUUCAGAUUUUACAGUUAAUCAAAGAUAUCUAAGUUGAUUUUUAUUUUCAACUUUUUGUUAAUAUCAUCCAUUCAACCAAAAUUCUGUUGAGAUACCAGGGUAGGUUAAAAAAAAUCCAGUUGUUAUCUUUCAGAUGUUUAAUAUCUAGUGAAAGGUGGCAGUCAAUAAACCAGCAAUUUCAAUACUGUGAUUUAUGUUGUAAAGUUUCACAACCUGAUACCUUGUUUAGUUGAAUUCUUCUAUGCAACUCGUAACUCAGUGUAAAAUUUAAAUAAAAUACCUCAUUUCUUCCAGUUGAUGGAAGGCAUUAAACAAAAAGCAUAGGACAAUAAUUUCAAACUCAUGCAAAAAACUUUUAUGUUUAAUGAUAAUUGUAAAGAUAAAGAAUAAUUUCACACAUUUAGAAAGUAUGAUAAUUUUCCAAUUCUUCACUGUGUAUUAUUUUGUUUGAAGUUUACAAAUUUACAAGAGUAUUAGGUGGCUGGGGUGCCUGGGUGGCUCAGUCAGUUAAGUGUCUGCCUUCUGCUCAGGUCAUGAUCCCCAGGGUCCUGAGAUUGAGCCUUGUGUUGGGCUCCCUCUUCAACAGGGAGUCGUCUUCUCCCUCUGUACUGCCCCCCACUCACUUUCGUGUGUCCUCUCUCUUUCUCUCAAAUAAAUAAAAUCUUUAAAAAAAAA